AGGAGGGAUCUAAAUCUGAACUCCUGGAUCUGUCUGACGGUCGCUACCGAGGUGGAUAUUUCCUUUAACCAAAGAUGUACACACUUCAAGACAGGAGGUCCAAAAGAUUUAACUUUCUGUCACUUUCUUUUUCGGACGCUCAGUAGUUGAAAGUGAAGUUGUUUUAUUCUCUCCUGGAGAAGAAGGAGCUCCUGGUCGGUCCGUUUAGGAGUGAACUCCAUCCAUGCUCGGCUCGACGAGGACGAGAUCCAAGGGGAUGUGAUUUUGUUCAGCCCGGGUCGGCUAAAGAGCAGCUAGGAGAAGUGAGAUUAUCUAAGGAGGAAGUAAAAGCCCUUUGGUGGAUUUGAGCCGAAGUUAUGAAAAUGACUGGAGCCAUGGAAACUUCUUUCAAACUGGCUUUGAAGAAACCGCCCUCGCUGCGGACAGCAGAGGACCUGCACACCAUCUACUGUCACCUCUACCACAUGGACGUCCUCUCCCACCUGAGGGAACAUCAGCUAAGGUCGAUGUGUACCUCAGCUAGAUAUGAGAGACAUGAAGCUAACCACGUCCUGUUCUACCCAGACAGCAUUGCUACCUGUUGGUACAUCCUGCUCUCCGGAUCAGUCUUCGUCAAGGAACACAUGUACCUGGCAAGAUGCUGUUUUGGCAAGCAGCUGGGGGGCAGACGAGGCUGUGAAUGCAUCACUUUAGAACCGUCAGAAAUGAUUGUGGUGGAUAACGGCAGCGAGGGGGACGACAGUUUUCUGCAGAGAGAGGGAUCCCAACGCAGGUCCAGGAGGCGCUUCAGGAGGGUUAACCCUAGGGGAGAGCGGGAACUCAUCACAGACGGCCAAGAACCCACCGGCUACAACACGGAUUAUGUCAACAACCAGCUUCCUGCUGACCUCAAUAAGAUGCACCUAACAGACCACGCCCACCAGCAGGUGAUGCACAUGCCUCCCAGCCAAUCAGGAUGCAGCAUCGCCAGUGACUCGGGGAGCAGCAGCCUAUCAGAUAUUUACCAGGCUACAGAGAGUGACCUGGGAGAUGUGGACCUGUCUGGACUUCCAGAGGCUGCAGUGGACAGCGAGGAAGAGGAAGAGGAAGAUGAGGACCUGGAGAGAGCUUCAGACACUCUUCUGGGGCGAGAUCUAGUCCGAGAGUGUCUGGAAAAGGACCCAGCCGACCGCAACGAUGACGACAUUGAGCAACUACUGGAAUUCAUGCACCAGCUGCCGGCCUUCGCCAACAUGACCAUGUCUGUGCGGAGGGAUUUGUGUAGUGUCAUGGUGUUUGAGGUGGUCGAGCAGGCUGGCACAGUCAUACUGCACGAUAAACAAGAGCUGGACCACUGGUAUGUUAUCCUGAAUGGGGCGGUUGAGAUCAGCCACCCAGAAGGAAAAGUGGAAACUCUUUGUAUGGGCAACAGUUUCGGGAUCUCACCCUCGCUGGACAAACAGUACAUGAACGGAGAAGUUCGCACCAAGGGAGAUGACUGUCAGUUCGUCUGCAUCGCCCAGGAGGACUACUGGCGGAUCCUCAACCAUGUGGAGAAGAACACACACAAGGUGGAAGAGGAGGGGGAGAUUGUGAUGGUGAAGGAACACCGGGAGCUUGACCGCAGUGGGACCAGGAAGGGACACAUUGUCAUCAAGGGAACCCCAGAGCGUCUGAUCAUGCACCUGGUGGAGGAACCGUCAGUAGUGGACCCCACCUACAUCGAAGACUUCCUGUUGACCUACAGGACUUUCCUGUCAAGUCCCAUGGAGGUCGGCAAGAAGCUGCUGGAGUGGUUCCAGGUGGACAGCCUCCGGGACACGGUAACGAGAAUAGUGCUGCUGUGGGUCAACAACCACUUCAAUGACUUUGAGGGUGACCCGGCCAUGACACGCUUUCUGGAGGACUUUGAGAAACAUCUAGAAGUAACAAAAAUGAAGGGCCAUUUGCGUUUGCUGAACAUAGCGUGUGCAGCCAAGGCUAAGUGGAGACAGAUCACUCUGCAGAAGGCGUCCAGGGAGUCGCCGCUCUACUUCAGCGUGCAGGGCGGCAGCGAGAGAGGAUUCGGCAUCUUUGUGGAGUCGGUGGAGGAAGGGAGCAAGGCCGCAGAGGCCGGACUCAAACGGGGAGAUCAGAUCAUGGAGAUCAAUGGUCAGAACUUUGAGAACAUUUCUUUCUCCAAAGCCUUUGACAUCCUGAGAAACAACACACACCUCUCCCUCACAGUCAAAACCAACAUAUUCGUCUUUAAAGAGCUCCUUAGCAGGAUUGUACAUGAGAAGAAAAAUGGCGGCCCACACAUUCCCAAGAUCCAGGAGAAAAAAGGCAAUCGCUUCUCCAUCCCUGACCUUCCUGGAGACAUGGAGUUCCCUACAGACCACAAGAGCACCAGGAAAAUGAAGGCCAACACUGUGUCAGGAGGACGCAACAAGAUCAGGAAGAUGCUGGAGAAGACGCGCUUCAGCAUACUGCCACCCAAGCCAUUCAGUGAUGGUGGCAUGGGUCAGUCUCAGGACGACAGCAUUGUGGGUACCAAACAGUGUCGUCACAGUGUGGCCAUCAUGCCCAUCCCCGGCAACCUGUCGUCCAGCAGCCCCGACCUGCUGCAGCCGGCCACCAGCGUCCUCGACUUCUCCAACCCCGCAGCCCUGGGACUGUACUACAUCCCAGACCAGGUGAUUCGGGUGUUCAAGGCUGACCAGCAGAGCUGCUACAUCAUCAUCAGUAAGGACACUACUGCCAAGGAUGUGGUCACCCACACUGUCAAUGAGUUUGGGCUCCUUGCAGCACCCGAGACCUACUCCCUGUGUGAGGUAUCAGUUAGUCCAGAGGGAGUCAUAAAACAGCGCCGCCUGCCCGACCAGCUCUCCAAACUGGCUGAUCGGAUCCAGCUCAACGGCAGGUACUACCUGAAGAACAACAUGGAGACAGAGACAUUGUGCUCAGACGAGGACGCUCAGGACCUCCUCAGGGAGAGUCAGAUCUCUCUGCUGCAGCUCAGCACCAUGGAGGUCGCUGCCCAGCUCUCCAUGAGAGACUUUGAGCUCUUCAGGAACGUCGAGUCCACAGAGUACGUGGACGACUUGUUUAAACUAGACUCCUCAUCGGGAAGUGGCAAUCUGAAACAGUUCGAGGAGGUCAUAAACCAGGAGACCUUCUGGGUCGCCUCCGAGAUCCUGAAGGAGCCCAAUGCCCUGAAGAGGAUGAAGACCAUCAAACACUUCAUCAAGAUCGCCCUGCACUGCAGAGAGUGCAAGAACUUUAACUCCAUGUUCGCUAUUAUCAGCGGUCUGAACUUGGCACCGGUGGCUCGGCUGCGGAGCUCAUGGGAGAAGUUGCCCAGUAAGUACGAGAAGCUGUUCGGGGACCUGCAGGACGUCUUCGACCCGUCCAGGAACAUGGCCAAAUACCGCAACAUCCUGAGCAGCCAGAGCAUGCAGCCUCCCAUCAUCCCACUGUUCCCAGUGGUCAAGAAGGACCUCACCUUUUUACAUGAAGGGAAUGACUCAAGUGUAGACGGCCUUGUGAACUUUGAGAAGCUGAGGAUGAUCGCUAAGGAGAUCAGACACGUGGUGCGGAUGACCUCUGCCAACAUGGACCCUGCUCUCAUGUUCAGACAAAGGAAGAAGAGGUGGAAGAGUUUAGGGUCAUUGAGUCAGGGCAGUACCAACUCCAACAUGCUGGACGUACAGGGUGGCGCCCAUAAGAAGCGAGUGCGUCGCAGCUCGCUCCUCAACGCUAAGAAGCUGUACGAGGAUGCUCAGAUGGCCAGAAAGGUGAAGCAGUACCUGUCCAACCUGACGGUGGAGAUAGACGAGGAGAAGCACCAAAUAAUGUCCCUGCAGUGUGAGCCGGCCUACAGCACCUUGUCUAAGAACUUGAGUGAGAGACGAUCCACCAAGUCGGACAUGUCUCCGGUGUCUCUGCGGUCGGCUCUGCCCUCGGGGAAAACACAGAACAGGGUGUCACAAGUCCUUCAGGUCCAGGUCCCACUGAACCCUCUACGAAAGAAGAGCACUGCCAAGGACAUAGGCACACCGAACUCCAAUUCUCCCCAGGUGGUAAAGAAACCUCCUGUGACCUCAUCAGAGGAGUGGAGCACCAAGAGACCAUCUGAUGACACCGUCUCCACCAUCUCCUCCCUUCACUCCAGCCCCACGGUGUCUCCGCAGGGCUCUCCACGCAAAGUGGGAGGUGUGGUCAAGUCCCAGAACUCCAGCCAGAUGAACUUGUCAGGAUCUUCGUCGUCACUGACCAGCGACGCCAGCACAAAGGCCGGCACUGUCAGCCUGCGCAGCUACGGCAUAGGUUACGCCCUCCUACCAGCCGGUAAAGCAGACAACCUGUCGGACUCCAGUCACAGUGAGAUCUCGUCCCGCUCCAGUAUCUGCUCAGUUGACUCGUCGGCUCCUGGGCCUGAUGACCGGUGUAAUAGCAGCAACAGGACCUGCGCCGCUCCCGCGACUAUUACUGCCACAACUACUUCUACAACAGCUGCUGCAGUAGUUGAGAGCACAGCCGCAACACAUGCACACUUAAAUCCUGAUUACAACCAGCCCAGCACAAGUUCUUCAUCGAUGGUGCGAGGAUAUGUGACGCGAGCCUCCAACUUCACCUCCUCCAUCUCGACAGAGGAGCUGACCCCAGACCACACUUCUCUGGACUCAGUGGCCGACAGCGGGCGCGGCAGCUGGACGUCUUGCUCCUCCAACUCCCACGACUCCUUCCAGAGCCUCCCCACCUCCUCCUGCCGGCCCUGGGACCACGGCAUCCACGGGCACCCGCUCUCUCUCCCGCACACACACUUGGGCGGUUUCAAGCACACACAGCUGGAGGGGCCGAUAGCGGAGGUCGAGGCCGCAGGUCACGCUUGGGCGAACGAGAGCGCCGCCAAGCAGCCCUCCAGAGACUCCAGCUCGGAGCUGUCCAAUCAGUCGCGGCAGAGCUGGGCGUCGUCCAGCUCACUGUCAGACACCUACGAGGGGAAUUAUGGGACGAUAAAGCGCCGAAACACCUCAGAGCACCCCUCCUCGCCAACCAAUGAGGAAGGAGGGCAAAGCACAGACCCUGCCUACAAAACGGUGACAUCAAGCACAGAGAAGGGCCUGAUAGUGUAUUGUGUCACCUCCCCCGCCAAGGAUGAGCGUUACCGAGCUCCCCCUCCCACCCCUCCAGGCUACCAAGGUCUGGCUCUGGGGGAUCUCGGCCUCACAGAUGGAGUACUAGGUGGGUCAGGAGGUGUCCUCCCCAGGCCUCCUCACCUCAAACCUCCAGACUACAGCGUGGCCCUGCAGAGGAGCAAACUCCUUCAGAGCCCCGGAGCAGCCGGCAGUUUGGCUGAGGCACGGAGGCUGGCCGGUAAUCAUCACCUCCACCACCAAGACGCCCGGACAGCCGGCUCCACGCAGGGCUACUCCAGACCGCCCAGCAUCUGCCUCCCACCACAGGAGCUGGCUGACAGUGAGGAUGAUGAACAGGUGUCAGCGGUGUAAAGACGGUGACGUCACGCUCACACGCACACACACAUUCUCACACACGGACCAGGUCGUGUUGAUCAGGCUUUGGACUAAGCUAGCAGCCUGCCGUCACCACGUGUCAGAGCACAUUCUCCAAGCCCUGCCCCACAGCCCUGUGUGACACCACCACGGACCAUAAUGCACCUCUGGACCAGCCCAGUCGGUCAUAUAACCUCGCUCCACCUCCCAGGACUCGUACAGUCGUCUCUUUUUAAACCCAUUUCACAAAACAAAGAAGAGAAGCAAGACUUUAGAUACUUUUUACAAACUCUUGAACAAAGCAGAAAAAGGUGGUGUGAUGGAGUCACAUCACGGUAGAUGGAGAAAAAAAAACUUAAGAUGGAAUGAGUGACAAUAGUGAUGCCCCAUGAGAAGAAGUCAGCAUCCUUGGAAACAGACCACCAUGUACCUCCAUUUUGCGCUCCACGCUCUUUUGUCUAAAAAUGUUUCCCAUUGUUUUAUAAAAUUUUAACAUGUUGUACAUUGAUUUUUUCUUUUUCUGUGUAAAAAGUGUUUUUUUUUCUUCUUUUCAUUUGAAUCUUUGAGCUUUGCAAAGUUUUAAUGUGAGAAAAGUGAGGAGGAGCAGACAAAGGGAUAGAAAGUUGUACUUAGUUUUGCAAGUAUUGCGAUGAACAUUAGCUUCGUGGGGGAUUUUUUUUGUUUUGUUUUGCUGUGCUUUUUUUGUUUGUGGCUUGCUGUCAGCUCAAAAGAAAAUGAAUGUAGAUGAAUAAGAGACAAGAUAAAACAGAUUUUGAGAUUUAUGGGUCUCUAUUAAACCCUGGCACUGAUGAUGUAAAUUUACAUGAGUCACAUCAGUUCCAAUGCACAAGAAAACCGCUACAAAGCCAACUUUAUUAUCCCAAUACUCACACUUGACUGUAUUUGUCAGGAAAGCCCUCAGGAGCCACAAAGAGUCUCUUGACAAAUUUUCCACUUCCUACUCAGGAGGUGAAAAAAAGAGAAAUUAAACUCCUGAGCCAACAGAGAGCACGUCUUAUUGUGUUUAGCACUUAUUGUACUUUGUUGAGUUUUCUAGAAAAAAAAAAAAAAGACAAGCAGUAUCUCUCAGGCAGUUUUGUGUCUUUGUGUCGUGCUCUCCGCCACCCAGCCACCUCUCUUAUUGCUCGUUCAGUCUGACGCGAGGUACUGUAGCGGCAUGCUGCCUCCUGGAUGUUCUAUGAUAACUGUAUUGUAACUCGUUUUUAAUGAGCUGAAGAACAAAUGCCUCGCUGCUUCCUGUAGAGUAAAACGUGUGUCGUUAUUUUAUUGCAGCAGCUAUAAUAAAACGAUAAAGUAGCACUGUGUGGCCACACAACGUGCAUGCGUAUACACUCACACACACACACACACACCAAAAUCAUAGUUGGUGUGCAUAAAGACAAAGGACAGUGUUUACACCAGUGCGUACACAUUUUGUUUACAGUGUUUAUUAGACUAGUUGUCUAUUGAAUUACAAGCUGAAAUGUUAAAGUAUAAUGCUCCAGGUUCAUUUGACCUUGUAAAUUUGUUUAUAAUGCAGCUGGAAUAUGCAGAUGCAGCAUAAACUCUGAUGAUGUGCUCACAGGGUACCUAUCUCAUCUGUUUUUUGUUUUUUUUUGCUUCUUAUUUAAAAGAAUGAGCAACAAAACAAAUCAACAGAUAAUGUAUUUUAAAGCCCGGCUCGCAUCUUCAUUCCAUGUUCAUAGUACAUUUUGUAGAAUAUUUAAAGGACGUGCUUGAAAAUUGUUUAUUUGUGUAGAAAACAGAAGCAAAUUUGUACAUUCUGACUAAUGUUUUGGAAAAAGGAAAAUGGUUUUUAUGUGUGUUUAUCUGCAGUGCAGCAGGGGUGUAACUGGAAUUAGAUGUUCUUUUUCUUGUGCUGUCUGUCUCGCGCUCUGAUGCUUCUUUUGUAUUUGUUUUUGCCACACAAAGACUUGAAAUGAUUAUUUGCUAAUAUAUACAUGGCAUAUAUAUAUAUAUAUGAAUUUAUACAUAUAUAUUUUUGUUGUUUCUUUGCCAUAAAUUAAUGUUAACUGAUCAUGUAUAGAUGAGAGAAAAGAGUCCUCUAUAAAUGCUAUUUUUUAAUAUUUUGUUAUAACAAAUAAUCUAAGGCUGUGAUUGCCCUCUUUCUGUGUCUGGGCAGGAGUCUUCAAAGGAAUUUCUGUUGGUUCAUUGUUCCUGACUUGUUUUCUCCCCUUACACUCUGUUGUUGGUGCCAUUUGUAAUCUGUCUAUAAGUGAAAUUGCUGCUGUGUUAUUCGAUAUGACUCUGUGUUUGUGUGUGUGUGUGUGUGUGUGUGUGUGUGUGUGUGUGUGUGUGUGUGUGUGUGUGUGUGUGUGUUGUGGAAUUGCAUUUGUGAGAUUGGGAUCAUAGCAUUUAAAAAAAACAAAAAGAAACAAAACAAAACAUUUUGAUUCAGUCUGGGCGUACAGCACAUAAGGAAAGGCUCAGAAGUCAUUUCCAAUGAAAGCCCUUCUUAUUUUGCAGCUUUGAUUGCUCUCGCCUGCAGGAAGGUGAGCCCCUUGUGGGUCUCCUGCUGUCGGUUUCAAACUCAGAUUGGAUGAUUGAAAGGAGUUUUUUGAUGCUAUUAUAACGCUGUCUGUUUGAAUUGAACAGCCAUGAUGCCAUGUCUGGUGUAGUCUCUCUGUUUCCCUCCCUGCUUUUUUCUCAGCCCUGUCACCUCAGCAGAACUUUCAACUUCCCUCCUCAUUGCUUUAGGGGUUUUUCUGAAUCAUGAGUGUCCACUGUGACCCUCACCCGAUUUCUAUUUUAAUUUUCUAAAAUUAUCUCAAUAGAAGAAACUUCAAAAACAGACUGAGAGUCAGAAAGUGAUACUUCCUCUUUUUUUUUUUGCACAACUGUAUUACUCAAACUGUAUACCACAAAUCAGUAUUAAUAUCCUGUAUGGAUUUAAAAAUAUAGUGGCAUAUGCUACUUCCAUUUGUUGGCCCAUUCACAUCACGUAUCCUCGCGCCAUCCAUGAAUGGAGUUAAGUCAGAAAUCAUAAGAAAAUGCUGUACAUUUUUUAGCUGUUUACAAAUGUUGGAUUUAGAUCUAAACACCACAUUUUUCUUUUAAUGAAACUUAAAUUCUGCACACGAUCGUUCCAUUGACGUUUUCUUGCAAAGGAAUGAGGAGUUUGUUUUAUUCCUCAUGUAUGCGCCAUAAGCACUCCAAAUGCUACUUUGGUUUAGUUUCUUUUCUUUCAGGGCUAAAUUUCAUUCAGUUGUUACUCCCUCUUCUCUCAGUCUUCAUGCAGUUGAUAUGUUUUCAUGGAGGAUCUGGCAGUGAGCAGCUCCCGGCACUGUGAACACAACAUGUCAGUGUUUUUAAUGACAUAAACCCACCCACACCCCCCCAUUCGCAGCUUGAUGAAAAUGUCCCUCCUGCCUGACUGUAAUUUAGCCCCGUGUCCUGCCGUGUUACCUGGAAUGCAAUAAGAGAGAUGUGGAUGUGUUUUAUGUAGACAACUUUUGGCAUUACAGCAGAAAUGCACAACAAUAAGCUUAAAUGUGGUGAGUGUGCUGCACAAUCUGUACAAAGAGGUAUUAACUUGGUCUGUGGCUUAAAGUUUGCUUUUGUCUCACACUUUACAUAGCGGUUGUAACUUAUGUCUUUUAGAAAGACAACAUGAUUUUGCUCGUACGCUUUUUAUGUAUUUUUUACGAGUGAUUGUAAAUAGUUGUUAUAUUUUUGUUUAAGAGAAUGUUAAAAAAAAGGAAAAAAUACCUUUUAUUUCUCCAAGUCUGAUCUACUGAUAUGAUUUUGGACAAUUAAUAAAAUGUUACGCAGAAA